AUGAAGCAGCGAGACGGCGGCGCAGCCCAUCCCUUUGACGCAGCUGUAAUUCCACGGCGGCUCACACGCCGUCGAUGCCUUCUAGAAGAAUUCUGGAAACCUUCCCCGCUAGGCCUAGCAUCAAUCUCCUGGCUGCAUGCGAGGGCCACUAGGCCUCCCCACGCACUCAACUUUGCGCCAGCGCAAAGGGCGGCCCUAAGAGUGGUAGAGUCCUGGGACAUGAAGGUCGUCGCUAAACAGACGGUACCUGCGUCUUGA